UUAAUAUAAAAAUAAUUUUAACAUUUAAUUCAUAAAAAGAAUUAAAAAUACAUGAAAAGCGAGAAUUUAUUAGUAAUUUCAGCUGGUUACACACUUCUGCAUGUUUUUAUAUUACAAGUGGCACCUAUGCAUAUUAAGAUUUGUGAACUAUAGAAGCAAAGAAAAGCCCACACUUACAAAGACUUGAGAAACCAAAAAGCAGAGGAAACCACGACAUCAAGAAGCAAAAAAACAGGGUGAGCAGAUUGUUUUCAAGGAGUGGAAGGGAAAGAAGAAAGAGAAGAGAAGAAGGAAGAAAGAAGAAAGAGAGGAGAAGAAAGUAAAAAAAUCCAGAUAAUGUUUUUCAAGAAAAAGCAGAAAAGCAAGGUGAGAAGGAGAAGAAGAAGAAGAAGAAGAAAGAAUAAAAGAAAGAACCUGGAUUUGCAUCUAGCCAUCCCUGAGUUUGGAUUUCAACGACUAGAAUCACUACACCUUAUUCUACUUCUCCUUCUUCUUUUUUUUUUUUUUUUCUUGUUCCAACGACUAGCAUCACUACACCAGGCGCGCCCCUCAGGCACGGCACCCGCCUGGCACCACCCAAGGCGCCAGUGUGCUUUGUGGCUCAGGCGCACCUUUUACAACACUGCUAGCGAAUGGCCUGAUGCAUGUGAUUGCCAUCAAUGGUGGGGGCGGCAAGGGCACAUGGGGAAAACUGCUUGAUACUGAGGGCGAAUCCCAUAUUGAUCGUAAUGACCCUAACUAUGACAGUGGAGAGGAGCCCUACCAGCUUGUUGGAGCAACUAUUUCAGACCCUUUAGAUGAGUAUAAGAAGGCUGUUGUCUCCAUAAUAGAGGAGUAUUUUAGUACUGGUGAUGUGGAAGUGGCAGCAUCUGAUCUCAGAGAACUUGGCUCAAGUCAAUAUCAUCCCUACUUUAUCAAACGGCUCGUUUCCAUAGCCAUGGACAGGCAUGAUAAGGAGAAGGAAAUGGCUUCUGUUCUGCUGUCUGGACUAUAUGCUGUUGUAAUCAGCCCAUCCCAGAUUAGGGAUGGGUUUGUCAUUCUGCUUGAAUCUGCUGAUGAUCUUGCUGUAGACAUAUUGGAUGCAGUUGACAUUCUUGCUUUAUUCGUUGCUCGUGCUGUGGUAGAUGAUAUCCUUCCCCCUGCUUUCCUCACUAGGGCAAAGAAGACCCUUCCAGAGUCCUCAAAGGGAUUUCAGGUUCUCCAAACUGCUGAGAAGAGUUAUCUUUCAGCCCCACACCAUGCUGAACUUGUGGAGAGGAGGUGGGGUGGUAGCACUCACAUCACUGUUGAGGAAGUGAAGAAAAAAAUUGCUGAUCUGUUGAGGGAAUAUGUGGAGAAUGGGGAUGCUUUUGAGGCAUGUAGGUGCAUCAGGGAAUUGGGGGUAUCAUUUUUCCAUCAUGAGGUUGUCAAGCGGGCUUUAAUUCUUGGCAUGGAGAUUCAAUCUGCUGAACCGCAUAUAUUAAAGCUGUUAAAGGAGGCUUCUGAGGAGGGCUUGAUAAGUUCCAGUCAAAUGAUGAAAGGUUUUGCACGGCUAACAGAGAGCCUUGAUGACCUUGCUCUUGACAUUCCAUCUGCAAAAAGCUUGUUUCAAUCCCUUGUUCCCAAAGCUAUUGCUGAGGGAUGGCUAGAUGCUUCCUUCUUGAAGUCCUCUACUGAAGAUGGGCAGGUACUAGCUGAAGGUAAAAAAUUGGGACAAUACAAGGAGGAGGUUGUGACAAUAAUACAUGAAUAUUUUCUCUCCGAUGACAUUCCUGAACUGAUCCGAAGUCUCGAAGAUCUUGGCAUGCCCGAGUUUAACCCAGUUUUCCUGAAGAAACUUAUCACCCUAGCUAUGGACAGGAAGAACAGGGAGAAAGAAAUGGCAUCAGUUUUGCUUUCAGCUCUUCACAUUGAGAUUUUUUCAACCGAAGAUAUUGUUACUGGCUUUGUCAUGCUUCUGGAAUCUGCAGAAGAUACAGCACUUGACAUUUUGGAUGCUUCAAAUGAGCUUGCUCUCUUUCUGGCAAGGGCCGUAAUAGAUGAUGUCUUGGUUCCACUGAAUCUAGAGGAGAUAAGCAGCAAAUUGCCACCAAAUUGCAGUGGGAGUGAGACUCUGCACAUGGCUCGAUCACUUAUUGCUGCACGCCAUGCAGGUGAGAGGAUCCUGAGGUGUUGGGGAGGUGGGACUGGGUGGGCUGUGGAGGAUGCAAAAGACAAGAUACAGAAGCUAUUAGAGGAGUAUGAAAGUGGGGGAGUUGUCAGUGAGGCUUGCCAAUGCAUUCGUGAUCUAGGGAUGCCCUUUUUUAAUCAUGAGGUGGUGAAGAAGUCAUUGGUUAUGGCUAUGGAGAAGAAGAAUGAUAGGAUGCUUGAUCUGCUAGAAGAGUGUUUCAAUGAAGGGCUGAUUACCAUCAAUCAGAUGACCAAAGGCUUCACCCGCAUAAAGGAUGGGCUUGAUGAUCUGGCUCUUGACAUUCCAAAUGCCGAGGAGAAAUUCAGUUUCUAUUUGGAUUAUGCCAGUAAGAAGGGUUGGCUCCAAGCAUCUUUUGGGUCAUCUGUUGCAGCAGCUACCUGAGAUGAACGUAUAUUUCCAUUAGCUUCUCUCAUGUCUGUCGUUGCCAAGUACCUCUUUGUACUGUUCAAAACGUCCCUCCCUUUGCUUGUACGGUGGAUAGAUAGAGAUGGAAUAUGGGAUGUUUGAAUUCGUUCUUAUGUUCCUUUUAUUUUUUUUAACCCAGUGGUCCUCUGAUGGAGAUUGUUGCGAUCCCAGCCAGUGUACAAAGUUGGUUCGUUCUUAUUACUAUUAACAUAGCUUUAGGAGUAUGCUGCGUCGAGAAGUAUGUUGAAGAGGAGGAUAUGCUAUGCUGCUCGUUAUCACAUGCAAUAUGAUGUUUAGGAGGAUGAUAGUUUCUCAUGUCAUGUCUUAAAUGGUUUUAGCUUCUAUUUUCA